UCUUGCAAAUAUUUUCCCGCCCUUUUCACAGUUCUCUGAGAGAGAGAGAGAUAGAGAGAAGAAGAGAGUUGUUCAAUGGAGACGAGCAAGGCGACCGAGGGAGGCAGCAACAACAACGAGAAGCUUCUUGUUGUUGAUGAUGUUGGUGCUGAGGGCGAGGCUACUACUGCUAUUGCUAAUGCUAUUUCUUGUUCAACGGAGACGAGCAAGACGACUGAGGGAGGCAGCAACAACGAGAAUCUUGUUGUUGUUGAUGAUAUUGGCGCUGAGGGCGAGGAUACUACUGCUAAUGCCACUUCUUGUUCAACGGAGACGAGCAAGACGACCGAGGGAGGCAACAGCAACGAGAAUCUUGUUGUUGUUAGUGAUGUUGGUGCCGAGGGUGAGGCUACUACUGCUAAUCCUACUUCUAAUGCUACCGCUACUGAGUCUGAGACGAAGAAGAAUAAGAAGAAGAAGAAGAAGAAGAAGAAGAAUCACAUCCAGGUCUCCAACAGCAAGAAGCCCCUCGUCUUCUACCUCAAUCUUGCCAAGAGGUUCAUAAAGCAGUACAAUGAUGUAAAACUCUCUGGCUUGGGCAUGGCAAUUCCUACUGUUGUCAUAAUCUCCGAGACUCUGAAACGAAAGGGGCUAGCAAUCGAGAAAAAGAUAGCCAUAUCUUCUGUUGGUUCAAAGGAUGAUGUGACAGGCCGGAUAGUUCAGAAAGCACAGAUUGAAAUUGUGCUAGCAAAGGCUGAGAAACUCGACAAGAUCACUGUUGCUACAUCACCAAAGAAUGCUGCUGACUGAAGUCAUGACAAAGCAGUAUCAUAGAGAGUCUCCUUUCUGGAGUGUGAUUUCACGUUUAUCUUUCUUUUCCAAUCUUACAGUUUUGAGUAUUGGUAUAAUGACAAGCCUCCCGGUUGGUAUGUGGUUCCAACUAGAGCUGCUGCUAACAUGAUGAAAGUAGAGACGGCCCACUGCGAGAAGAUCUGAUCUGAUGGAACCUCAACAUCUGCGUUUCUUCUUUUUUGUUUCUCCAUUUGUAGGCGUUAUUGAAAUCACAUGUACUGUCAUUGUGUACAUACUGUUUCUUUUACUGCAAC